AUAGAAGGAGAAUCAGCAAAGUCACCGUUGAAUUUUUGUAAUCUCACGGUUGGAUCAUGUCGACAUGCUCGUCUGCUUACACACCAUCCUCCACACUUGCACAGACACAAGGUGGCACUAGCAAGCUCAGCCACCGAGCCCGUUACCGCCUAGUAAGCGGAACCGGACACUUUCAUCAGGCGGGAAUGACGUCCUCACCGACAUGUAUAUAACUAUGGCAGGCGAGGCACCGCCAAUGCAUCCUCGACACUACAAGGACUUCCUCGGUUAUCUUCAAUGACUACGUCUGGUUCAAGUCGUGCUCUAAGCCAACCACUCGGAGGCCUUCAACGCGGUAAAGCGUGCAUUGCAUGCAGACGCCGAAAAGUCAGGUGCGAUGGUACCCGACCAACGUGUGGUCAAUGCAUCCGUGGUAACAGGCCCGAUGACUGUGAAUACACGGAUGGCCAGGGCCGGUCUCGGACACACAUGCUGGAACAAGACAUUGUACGUCUUCAAGCUCGAAUACAAGACCUCGAGCAUCCCGAGCAGACUACGCCCGCGGUUGCGCUACACCAUCCUUACUCAUCUUCCGAUGUCCCGCAAGGCUCUUCUGUCCCAUUUGGUUUCCAGCCCUCCUAUAUUUCUGCGUCGAUAUCAUCUGCAUCAAGUCCUGCAGCGUCAUCGAGCUCUAGUGCUCCGUGGGGUGACUUCAGCCCGAGCAGUUGGUGGGCUCAAGAAGAGCCUCCAAGCCAAAUUGUACUAGAAUCUUUGAACGAAAUUUUACCUUGCGCGGACGAACUUGGCUUUUUCCUGCAUAUCCCGCGUGUACGCAAUACGCUUGUGACUGCUCCUUCUCGUGGUAUUCCUAUUGCAUUGCAAAACGCCAUUAUUCUAUUAUGUCUCCACAUCACGGAAACGAAGCAGACCGCCUUCCAACUGACAAUGCUAUCGAGAUGUUUGCGUCAACUAGCUGAUAUAAUCCCUUCCUGCAGCGCAAGCACUCGAGAUUUGCUGGAUGUCCUACAAACGGAGGUCCUGCUCGCAUACUACUUAUUCCGGGUCGGACGGAUAGUCGAGGCGAGGUACCAUUCAGGCGCGGCGGCCAGCCUUGUUCUGGCAUUCCGACUUCAUUCAUCUUCUUCUUCCCCUCCUGAAGGAGGACCAAAUACACUUGCAGAUAUGCAGUUUAUGUCGUUCGAUACAUUCAGGACCACCCUUCAAAAGCCAGUUGACGAUAUCGAGCAAACAGAAGCCAUACAUGCAUUCUGGAACGUCUUCACUUGGGACAAGAGUAUGUCUGCUGUGUUGGGGGUUCCGCCUAGCAUCGGUAGAUCCAUUAGAGUAUCCAUCCCCUGGCCUGGACAAAUGCAGGAGAUCAAUUUGUCCGAUCAAGAUAUCCACCUUACGAGCUGCAGGCGGGGAAUCGGACCUCAAGUAGACAUCAUACAACAGUUCCUUGUCGAUGGACAGAGUGAAAAAGGAGAUUCCGACUCGGCACUUGCAUUCCACGCAAAAGCAGUUGUGCUACUUGACGAGGUGAACAAUUUGGUUGAACAAUACACGUCGGAUUCACGGGUUCAAGAAACACAGUCAUUCCGAGCAAAAUUUACGUCACUUGACACACUCAUACAACAUCUUCUUACUCACCCGUCGCCUCAUCUUAUUUCUCGUCAUUCAGUUUACAUGCAAUCCCUUCUAUCUCUCGCUACCAUCCGGUUGCACAGCCCCUUCCGUGAAACCUAUGCCUUAUCGAAUGCCAAAAUCGUCACCGCAGCCGUGCUCAUAGCGCGUGCCCUGCGAUGCGUGAACGUAAAUACACUGCAAUAUUUUGAUCCUGUCGUCAUAAUAUGGAUAAAUGCUUCCUUCGUGAUUCAUGCGGAAAUUACACGUCUGCGCGCCUUAAAAGUCUGGCCAACUCAGAUCCCGGUACGCGGCGAAGGGCUUGUCCAGGCCCUAAGGACCAUGUUAGGUGUAUUAAGAGACAUUGCGGACCAUUGCCCUGUACUUGCACUCCGGACAAAACUAGAAACUGUACUACCUCUUCUUGAAUACCUUGGUACUCAGUGAUUUUCCGAUCCUUUCACUAGCAUGUAUAAACCUUUCUCAUAGACACCACAUCUCUCAUCUUGUUCCUGAUUUCAUGCACAUCGUACGAUCAUAACUAAUCUGCAAUUUUUUGUCAUGUACAUACAACCCAAUAUUGUAACAUUACGUGUCUGCUACAACCACCAACGACUUUACCGGUUGGAUGGCUACG